AAAAGCCCAUAUAUUGAUAAUAUCCAUUUUUGAAUCGCACGACAUAAAAGCCCAUUAUAGAUUAUUAAGAAGCCCAAAAUAAAACGAGUAAGAUAAGCUUUACAACUCAGCCACCGUGUUCAAUCCCGAGCCUCGCGUCGCGCGAAACCAUGGGAGGAGGAGGAGCACUCGCGAACCACAUCUUCGUGUACGGAACGCUGAAAAGAAACCAUCCAAACCAUUUCCUCAUAGAAGAUCUCAUCUCCAAAAACGACGCCGUUUACGUCGGCCAACGCACGACCCGUUUAUCGUUCCCGCUCGUCACGGGUCUCUACGGGAUCCCUUACCUGAUCAACCGAUCCGGGUCGGGUCAAAGGAUCCGCGGCGAGCUUUACGCGGUUUCGAAACGCGGCCUUGUGAGGCUUGACGAGUUGGAAGGGAUCAAAGUCGAGCACUACGAGAGGUUGCCGGUGGAAGUGGUUGAGGAGGAGUCUAACGGCGUCGUUUUCUUGGCCGAAGCUUACUUUGCUCACCGUAGGUUCGGUGAGAGACUAUGGGAUAAGAGGGGAAAGGUUGGGAUGUGUGAGUUUGGUGAAAACGACGGCGUUUUGUAUGUUAGGCCUAAGGAUAGGCCCAAAUUUAGCUCUGUUAUUGAUGAAAUGGAAGCGUUUGUGUCUUCUUCUACUACUGAUUGAAGCGCAUUUAUUCGAAGGUUUAUUGCAAAUAUAACAAUGUGUAUAGCUCAAAAUUCUAUAUUUGCUGCUACUUUUGGAAUAAAAAUGUCUAUGUUUUAAUAA